GCAGAGGCCUUUGUUCUGCGCCAGCAGCCGCGCCCUCAGCGGGAGGCAGGGAAGACACACUCUCUUCCACUCCAGCUUUCUUCAUUCCCCUCCUCGACAAAGGCUGCCUUCGCCACGUGCCGGUCUAGAAAGCAGUAGUCAGGCGCCAGACCCUAGAAUCCCCCAAAAGGAGAGGCUGGGGCCCGAAUUUGCGAGUGGACGGGGCGGAUAUGGGGAUCAGCUGCCCUUGGUGGGCGCGGGGACACCUUCAGGCUGGAGGCUCCCACGCCUGGGACCCUGAGAGCUGGAAGAGGCUGUCCAGGCGCUCCUGGAGCAGCCUGGCGAAACAGGUUCUCCAUCUCCAACGGGAGGCUGCGGCAGGGGAGGAGGAUCUCCCUCCCCGCCGGGACCUGGUGUUCCAGCCCUUCCCAGCGGCUGGGGCGUGGCCGGGCUGUGUGCAUCCAGGUACACAGUGCAGACCCAGGCACCGGAGGGGAAGGGAGAGAGAUCGACAGACCAGAACGCCUAGGUCCAGCAUUGCAGCUGGGCGCUAGAUCUCCAUGUCCACGGAAGGAUGCGGCUGCUAGGAGGCCAGCCAUGUGGGCCCCUAGCCCACGUCAUCUCUGUCUGACCUUCCUGCUAGUCUGUGUUCUUUCGUCAGUCUUCUUCCUCCACGUCCACCAAGACCUCUUUCACAGUGGUGUAGACCUGUUUGCCCUGUGUCCAGACCGCCGCGUGGUGACAUCUCGUGUGUCCAUCUUAUGCCUGUCGGGCACGCCAAUGACCUCCAACACCUCCCUUUCCUGUCCGGAGCAGCCUGCCUCCCUCACAGGAACCUGGACCAUCUACCCAGAUGGCCGGUUUGGUAACCAGAUGGGGCAGUAUGCCACGCUGCUGGCCCUGGCCCAGCUCAACGGCCGCCAGGCCUUCAUCCUGCCCGCCAUGCACGCCGCCCUGGCCCCCGUGUUCCGCAUCACCCUGCCUGUGCUGGCGCCCGAGGUGGACCGCCACACGGCUUGGCGAGAGUUGGAGCUGCAUGACUGGAUGUCGGAGGAGUAUGCCCGCUUGAAGGAGCCCUUGCUGAAGUUCACUGGCUUCCCCUGUUCCUGGACCUUCUUCCACCAUCUCCGAGAACAGAUCCGCAGCGAGUUCACCUUGCAUGACCACCUUCGGCAAGAGGCCCAGGCUUUACUGAGUCAGCUCCACCUGGGCCGCACGGGGGGCCGCCCGAGCACCUUUGUGGGUGUCCACGUGCGCCGUGGGGACUAUCUGCAGGUUAUGCCCCAGCGCUGGAAGGGUGUGGUGGGCGAUCGCGCCUACCUCCAGCAGGCUAUGGACUGGUUCCGGGAGCGGCAUGAAGCCCCCAUCUUCGUGGUCACCAGCAACGGCAUGGGGUGGUGCCGGGAAAACAUUGACACCUCCCGGGGGGAUGUGAUCUUUGCUGGCAAUGGGCAGGAGGGCUCACCGGGGAAGGACUUUGCGCUGCUCAUGCAGUGCAACCACACCAUCAUGACUAUUGGCACCUUCGGCUUCUGGGCUGCCUACCUGGCUGGUGGAGACACUGUCUACCUGGCCAACUUCACCCUGCCCGACUCCAACUUCCUGAAGAUCUUUAAACCUGAGGCUGCCUUCCUGCCUGAGUGGGUGGGCAUUAAUGCAGACUUGUCUCCACUCCAGACACUGGCAGGGAGACUUCCUGGAAUAGCCUGAUUGAUCAAGGGCCAGCAUUGUGCUUCUCUGGAGGCCUAGCAGCUUCUGGAGAAGGUUGUGGUCCUGCAGCAGGUGGGUACCCACUUCUAGAGUGAUUCUAGUUGGCUAGAAUUUGAAAGAAAGGGGGGCUUUCUGCAACUGCCUGAAUGUUCUAGAACCAUCAGAAGAUCUUUUUCCUGAUGGCUGGCAAUGUCUGGAGAAGCUCCUGGCAGUUCUAGAAGGCACAGUGCCCACCUGCUCUUCAAGCCCAUAUCCAGAGUACUUCUAGAUGACUGCCCCCCAGGAACGGGGAACUCCCCCCUCUAGUUGACCAUCCUGGUCUUUUCUAGAAGAGAUGUUUCUCCUCCCCUGGAUCCUCAGGACUGAAGGAACUCGGGUGGUUCUAGAGGAAGCACUCACCAACUCCCUUUCUGUGUUUCUGGGGUGAUUUUAGAGGGGAGGACUUGCUUUAGAGAGGGCCAGUUCUAAUGCCUGUGAAGAAGCCUGCAGGGCCCUUCCAGAGGGGAUGGGGUUCUGGAAUUCCAGAUGACUUCAGCGAAGAAUCUAAUGAAGGUACUACCAGAAGCUCAACAUGUCACCACUGCCAGAAAGAUUGAUAGAAGACAGUCUCUCAGUAGCUGCAGAAGUGUGUGAGCAGAGCGGAACUCUAUCCCACCUCUCAGCACCUGAAAAAACCACAAAGACUUUUUUGGGGAGCAGAUAGACUUAAAAGGUGGGAAGUGGGGAAGAGGGCUGUCUUGCUGAAGUACUGCAGCUUUUGGAGCAAGGCUUCCAGAAAUCCAGGGACACUUUUUUUUUUAAGCUCAAAAACUGCCAAAGACAGGCACUGCACAUCUUGGCUCCGAGUUCGGGUUGUCUCUUCCCAAUUAAGCUGGGCUGCUGGGGGUGAUGGGAUCGAUUUUCUGGAACUUUCUGGAAGUCAGCUGGCAUAAACGUGCCCUCUGGGCUUGCAGAAAGCUGCAGGAGUUGUUCCCCUUGGCAAUCAUCGUCUGCCCCUGAAUUCACAGAGCCACUAAAUCUGGCUUUGGGCAAGUCGGAGAUGAAAGGGUCUGAAGGGAUGCAGACCCGGGAUUGGCCUCAGACACAGCCAGGAGGGGUCUGGCCAAGGAGAUUGGGAUUCUUGACUCAGAUUUCAGGAGCCCCUUGGUGCUUUUUGAAGGGGGUAAAGGUAGAUACUUUAUCACAGUUGUCUAAGAAUCUAAGCCCCUUUUCUAGUCUUCUCAGGGAGUGUUGGGGGACCAUUCCCUACUCAGCUGCCAUAGGUGGGAGAGUGGGAGAUAUGAAUUAAAAGUCCACCUCACCAACCCGU